GUGCGCUGGAGUGGACGCCGGGGCCCCGGGUCGGCGUGAGCAGGAAGCGAACGCGCGUGUGGCGCUCGCGGUCGGCCAUGGCUCACAGGCCGAAGAGGACUUUCCGACAGCGCCGCGCCGACUCUAGUGACAGCGACGGCGCCGAGGAGCCGUCUGCUGAACCCGGGGCGCCGGGGGAGCAGGCGGCCCCGGGCCCUGCGGAGGAAGCGCCGCCCUCUGGAGGAGGCCGUGGGGAGGUGGCGGAACGGCCCCCUCGGGCCCGGGGCUCUCGGGGCCGGGGCCGGGGCCGGGUCUGGGCGAGUUCCCGGCGCCCGGCAGGGGCGGCUCCCCGCGCGGACGGCGGCUCGGGCGGCCCAGAAUGCAGAAUGGUUGACCUUUCAACAGAUGAAGAGGAUGGAACUCAUCUUUCCUCAGAAAGUAAGGAUGAUCAGAGUUUGUCUUCUGACAGCUCAAGCUCUGUGGAAGAAGAAAUUUCAUCAAUAGUAAGUAUCCCUGAUGCAGCUUUUAUUCAGGCAGCCCGCAGAAAGCGUGAAUUGGCCAGGGCCCAAGAUGACUAUAUUUCUUUGGAUGUAAAACAUACUUUCACCACUUCUGGUAUAAAGAAAAACUGUGAUGAAGAUCCUGAGAGUGAGCCUGAUGACCAUGAAAAGAGAAUACCAUUCACCCCAAAGCCUCAAACACUUAGACAAAGAAUGGCCGAAGAAACAACAACCAGAAAUGAACAAACAAGUGAAGAAAGUCAGGAAGAUGAAAAUCAAGAUAUUUGGGAACAGCAGCAAAUGAGGAAAGCAGUUAAAAUUACAGAGGGACGAGACAUAGAUCUUUCCCACAGCAGUGACUCUCAAACAGUGAAGAAGUUUGAUACUUCCAUUUCAUUUCCACCAGUAAAUUUAGAAAUUAUAAAGAAGCAAUUAAAUACUAGAUUAACAUUGCUACAGGAUACUCACCGCUCACACCUGAGGGAAUAUGAAAAAUAUAUGCAAGAUGUCAAGAGCUCAAAAAGUACCAUCCAGAACCUGGAGAAUUCAUCAAAUCAGGCUCUAAAUUUUAAGUUCUAUAAAAGUAUGAAAAUUUAUGUGGAAAAUCUAAUUGACUGUCUUAAUGAGAAGAUUAUCAGCAUCCAAGAAAUAGAAUCAUCCAUGCAUGCACUCCUUUUAAAACAAGCCAUGACCUUUAUGAAACGCAGGCAAGAUGAAUUAAAACAUGAAUCAACGUAUUUACAACAGCUGUCACGCAAAGCUGAGACGUCAACAAAUGGAAGCUUGGCUAUAGAUGAAAAAACUCAAUGGAUUUUAGAAGAGAUUGAAUCUCGAAGGGCACAAAGAAGACAAGCAAGGGUGCUUUCUGGGAAUUGUAGUCAUCAGGAAGGAACAUCUAGUGAUGAUGAACUGUCUUCAGACGUGAUUGACUUCCAAAAAAACCAAGAUGACAUUUUACAGCAUCAUAAGAAGAUUUUUGAAGAUGUGCAUGAUGAUUUUUGUAAUAUCCAGAAUAUUUUGUUGAAAUUUCAACAAUGGCGAGAAAAGUUUCCUGAUUCUUAUUAUGAAGCUUUCAUUAGUUUAUGCAUACCGAAACUUUUAAACCCCCUAAUAAGAGUUCAGUUGAUUGAUUGGAAUCCUCUUAAGUUUGAUUCCAUAGGUUUAAAACAGAUGCCAUGGUUCACAUCUAUAGAAGAAUUUAUGGAUAACAGUACGGAAGAUUCAAAGAGGGAAGAUAGUUCUGAUAAGAAAAUAUUGUCUGCUGUCAUCAACAAAACAGUUAUUCCUCGACUUACAGGCUUCAUAGAAUUCAUUUGGGAUCCCUUGUCGACCUCUCAGACAACAAGUUUAAUAACACACUGCAGAAUGAUACUUGAAGAACAUUCCACUUGUGAAAAUGAAGUUAGUAAAGGCAAACAGGACCUACUUAAAUCCAUUGUUUCAAGAAUGAAGAAGGCAAUAGAAGAUGAUGUUUUUAUUCCUCUGUAUCCAAAGAGUGCCAUAGAAAACAAAACAUCACCUCAUUCCAAGUUCCAAGAAAGACGGUUCUGGUCAGGUCUGAAGCUCUUCCGUAAUAUUCUUCUUUGGAAUGGACUUCUCCCACAUGACACCUUGCGAGAGCUGGGACUAGGGAAGCUGCUAAAUCGUUACCUUAUUAUAGCUCUUCUUAAUGCCACACCUGGGCCAGAUGUUGUUAAGAAGUGCAACCUGGUAAGUUGUUGUGCCCCUACAGGCUGGUGGCAGCACACUGCAACUCAAACUUCUGAUGGGAAAAUGCUUUUUUUUGUUUUGUUUUUCAGUGAUGAAGUCAAAGAAAUAAUUCUUAUUCUGGUGAAAAUAAAAGCUUUGAAUCAAGCAGAAUCCUUCAUAGAAGAGUAUCACCUAGACCAUCUUAAAUCAGUAAUUAAAGAAAUUUGAGUAAACUUUAUAGGAAAGUACUAAAAUGAGAUUUUAAUAUAGU